CUGUACAGAUUAUCGUGUCUAUCGCUACUGAUCUCUUUGACUUGCCGCCACGUCAAAGUAAAUCUCCUGUUACGGUUAACUAAAAUUCAGCAAGAUGACAGAGGCGUCUCCCCUUGGUCCAAUUGAUCCAUCCUCGGUCUCGAACACGGAUCAACAGAAUGCCGAGACGGAGAAGAAAGCCCCGUGGAUCGUAAGGAAGCUCGUUGGCUCUAUGACAGGAAGGAUCGUAAUGUCUUCAUACGAGAGCCUUCGGGCAGCAGGGACUUCUGUUGUCUGUCUGUCUCCAUGGGGAGACUCGAGUCCAGUCUUUCUUCCCUGCAUCCGCUUCCGAGAUCUAGUAGUCCACGCGGUUAUAGCAGGAACAGGCGGAGUCGCUGCUGUCGCCGCACCCGUGAUGGGUCCCGUUUCCGAUAUUGUCGUCGACACAGUCGGAACUAGCCUUCUCGUAGACAUCACCCUCAACGUCGGCUUCUCCGCUUCCACUAAACUUGCAAACGACCUUCUCAUUGAGCACACUAUCAAACAUAUCAUCCCAGCCCCUUCCUCUCAAUUGCAAACAACAGGACUGAAGCAACUACUUGUCACACUCAAGUAUAAACAUACGCUUGAAGAUGCGCAGCUUGGGUUCUUCAGGAGCUCAGUGCAUGAAGGUGAUCCUGGUGCGGGUUUGUUUGCAGAUGUGAAAGACUACCUCGCAACAGAGAAGGGUUGGUUCAAUCCAUACCUGUUUGCAAGUGGAAGGAGGCCGAUUAUACCGCGUUAUAUGAAGCCUGAUGUGGUAUUCUGCCACGGACCGUUCCUAGAAGGUGACUACAAAAUUGGGACUAUGCUGUUGCACGAAAGUGAAUCAGCAAUCUUCCUGUGUGAAGCACCUCCUUCAGAGCCUGACUCAUCUGUGCAAUAUCAAACCGACCAGUCAACACCGUCGGAACAAUCGCUGAAAGAUCGUCUGCAUAUUCCGUCGCUGUCCAAAUAUCUUCCGCGAUCACGCUCAAACUCGCGUUCUCCAUCUCCCGAGCCAGCAUUGGCACCAGUCCAAGCCCCUCCUCGUCCGAGACGAUUAGUCGUACUUGUUCUCGCGAUUGCACCUCACCGUGCAGGGAUGUGGACGACUUCUGCCCGCCCUGGUGAAAGUGCAUUGCGAUACACAUUACUCAACGGAUGCCCUGCGCUUGUCCUCCCAGCUCGGGCAGGCGCGCCACUCAUAGCCUGGGACACGCUCACACUAGGGCAAUUGCACGCCUUGGGCGAUGAGUUACCUUCUCCGGAACCGGAAUCCGAUACUACUCCUACGGGUGUGAGCAAUGAAGGAGGUCCGCGAUUCCGUGGUGCACUAGACAUACUGAAUGAAUACAUUGGCUUAUGCGUUGAUUGGGAACGUGUACGUCUUGACACCGUUGCAACCGAACAAGGAAGAAAGGACGCUGUACGCAAUGCACUGGCACUAUUAUUGAUUGCUGCAAUAUGCAGCAAAGACAGCAAACAGGUCAAGAAAGACGUUGAAAUUGACAGAGCUGGACUAGUAAUUUUCAGAAUUCCGUGA